AUGGCGGACAUCGUUAUUCAGACAGCUCUGGUUUCUGCAGCUCCGAGUCGGCGAACAUCGUCAAUCGAGCGGCGCUCUUUGAGAAGGCUCGACAUAUGGCGAUCCUGUAGCGAGGUCUCAACGAGCAGUUUUUGCUAUCGCUCAUUCCCUCCGGAACACAACCAACCGCCUUCAUUCGUUGACAGCCUCAACAGCAACUCAUUUCAACGACCAAGGCAUCAGCAGCUUACUGUUUCUUACAAGGAGGAAAACGCGGAAGCACCGUUUGUUGCAAAGCUAGAAAUGCGAGAUAUCACAUUUCGUGAAUUUCGGCGUUGUUUUGGCAUUUCUUCUCGAAGUACAAAAAGCGAUAUCCAGUGUACUGCUUUCAGAUUUCUGUUUAAGAGUGACUGUGAAGAUGGGUCAGCGCCUUAUCAGUGGACGAUUAUUGAUGAUGAUUGCGCUGUGCUGCCAGUUUUUGAAGGAAAAAUAACAGCGGAAUGUCGAAGCUAUUCCGAAUCCGAUUAA